AUGUCUUUCAUAAAUCUUAAAUACGUGACUCUUCGACAAGUAGGCCGCUUCCCUCAAAUUAGCCGAUCAAUACAUUGUACUAACGUCUAUUUAGGUUCUAGCGUUAAGACGAAGCUUAGUGAACUUACCAAACAUGAUGUUGUGUUAAGGAAAACUGCCAAAGAUUUUAGGCGAUUAGAAAAGCAACAGAGUAUUAAAACCAAAAAGAAACUGAAAACAGCCUAUUCUAAACCAAUUGCAUUCAAAAAGAUAAAGAAGUAUAAUUUAGAAUCUAGUUUGACAACAACGGAAUCCACACCAAAUUUAGGACCAACAAGUGAUGAUAAUCUAUUAUUAUUGACGAAAAUUAAUGACAAGAGAUUAAUAUAUACGAUACUCGGUAUUACAGGGGAACAAUUACGAGAUUCUGUCCUUGUAACUAAUGAUGUGUCAAAGUUUAUUAGGAGAGGACAGUUAGAGAAGGCUACAUUUUUAGCAAAACUUGCAAAACAUAAGGGAUCUGCUGCCAUGAAUUCGAUAAUGAAAUAUUAUCUUGACGAACUGCAGUCCCCUAAAUCGGCUCUUCAUAUAUACAAUUGGAGGAAAAAGGUGGAUGUGCCACUUAAUGAAUAUUCAAAUACAAUUUUAUUUAGUGGUCUAGCUAACCAAAAGAAACCGAUCUCCAAAACUCUAGGUUUAUCUGUUUACAAUAUUGUGGACAAAUUGAUCAUUGAUAAUAAACUUAACCAGACUGAGUAUAAUGCAGCUUUGGGUGCAUUGGGAAAUUGUGUAGAUGUGUCAUAUGCAUUUAAACUAUUCCGGAGAAAGAACUCUAUAAAAGGUAUAAAAUAUGAUGUUGUUUCCAUGAUGUGGAUCUUUAGGGUAUCUUCGAAGGUUAAGACAGAUUCCUUAUUUGCGGAAAUAUUCAAUGAACUACUAUUAUCUAUUAGUAAAACCCAAGUUGAUGACAAGCUGCUUUUCGAGAUUUGUAAAACGCUUCACAAAAAGGAUAAAUAUAGCUCAUCACUUUUAAUGGCUGUGAAUAAAUAUUUUAGGAUGCCUCCAAGUGAUGUUUGGAAUGAGUCAUUAAUACGUACAUCUUCAUUGUCCAAAGAGUUGAAAUUGCCUGAACUUGAUAAGUGGGGUAUCAAAAGAAAAUAUCCGGUGAACAAACAUAUUAUUGGUUUACUUCUCAAUAACUCCUUAAAAACUGGAUCAUAUAAAGUGGGAAUAUCUAUAUAUGAAGAAAUUAAGGAGUCAAAUCCCAGUAUAAUUGAUAUUGAUAUGUUUCAUUCUUAUUUAAACCUGAUUAUAGAAAGCUCGUCAGCAGAUUAUAUGGAGAAAAGUUUAGCUGUUAUAAAAGAAGCCAAGGAAAAUGAUCCAAAUUUCAUUUCAAGACAUACUAUUGCUUUAGCCUAUAUGGCAUUUAAGAAAUGUUUUAGAAAAGCCAGGUGUAAUUCUACACCUGAAGGUGUCGUCAAUAUGCUUAAUAUGUGUGACUCAUUCGUUUCUCGUUAUGAUGGAAAAUAUUCCAAAGAUUUACAAUGUAAUGUUUACUCAAGAGAGUCGUGGUUAUAUUUGUUUCAAAUUGUAAAAGAAUUAAAUUCAAAAGUAGGUUUCGUUUUAGAAUGUAAAGAAUUUGUGUUAACCCAAUACUUAAAAUCUGUUCGUGCAGGUGAAUUUGACAUUACGUAUAUUCAGAAAAAAGAUUAUUCUAAGGAGAUAUACCUUCAGUUAGAAGCUGUUAGAUUAUUAAGUAGUAUUGCCCAGGAUCUUAAGACAAUAGAUAACGAUCCUAAUAUGACUGUAAUGAAAGAUGAUAAUUUCUUACGUAGAAGACUGAUAUUACGAUUAAAGAAGAGGUUAUUACUCCAUGUUGAGGAGUUAGAAAAUGCGAAACAAAAGGGAAUGGAACUGGAACCGACGAACUCCGAAUGGUCCACAAAACAGCUUGCAGCUAGAAUUGCGAAUAGGAAUUACGGAAAUCCAGAUGAAACUCCAGAUGUAACCUCUGAAACCCAGAUAGAACCCCACAAUACAUAA